CCGGAACCGCUAGCCCCCCGCCCCGUACAGUCGCCAUCGUCUUGGCCUGUACCAACGCAGGGAGCCGGGGGGGAACAAUAGGAGAGAUUUGUCCCCCCUCCGCCGGUUGGACUUUGCCACCUCCUGAGCAACCGGCACCAACGGAGGGCGAGCGGCGGCUCCGCGUGCUCGUGCGCGGGGGCUACCGGCUCCGGCAAGUACGAGCCGCUCGGUGCCCUCUUGGUUCAGUUUUGGGCCCCUCACUACAAAAAAGACAUUGAGGUGCUGGAGAGAGCGCAGUGAAGGGCGACGAGGCUGAUUCCUCGGGAGACACUCCAGCUUCGUGCCAGCCUGCCUGCUGCCCCACCAUACUGCUGCUUCAGGGCCAGGCUCGUCCACCUUGUUACAUCUCCUCAGUCCCACUGAACUGCUGAGGUCCCAAAAUCCCUCCCAUUAAUCCGUUGAUCAGUAAUCUUUGCAUUACACUGUGGAAUUUAUUGCCAGGUCUAUUAUUUUUUUUUUAAUAGAUUUGAUAAAUUUUAAUAAAUUGUUCCUAGCUUCCUCAUUAAUGCCAACUAGCUACAUAACAGUGAACCCUUAAGUUUGUUUCCAAGGGUCAGGUUUCUGUGGUCUCAGUGCUAUUAGUUAUUACCUGCCCUUUGUGUCCUUACUCAACGUGUAGAUUCGCCAAUAAUCAAAGAACAGUACUGACUUUACCUAAUGAAGGUGUGGACUGCUUAUAGACUUUUGCAGCAGAACAAAUAAACAAAGAUACUUCAACCCUUUUUAGUGCAGUGAACUGUCACACAGAUCCAGCCAUGCCUGUGGAAGGGAAAAGUGAUAUGGAGAGGAUUGGCCUCUUCAGUGAAAUGAGUUAUGUCACCAUCGGAGAUAAAUAUGUGUCGUGUUAUAUGCGCCCUUUUAAUGAAGCUGCUACCAAGAACAGACAGAUGCUACCUGGGGGGACCAAAACAAUGUCAGCUCUGCAGGCAGGUUAUUUUGAUCCUGAGUUUGUGAGGAUUUUCGAAGGUGAAGCCUACUCAGACCCUGUUCAGCUAAGGAGACGCUAUAGAUUGGCAGAAGCAAAGAAAAAUUUGGGCAAAGCUUUCAUUCCCAGUAAUGGAGACAAAUGGCCAUGUGGACUUGGCACCUAUUAUGGAACCAUAGGAGGUCCAGUUCCAUACUUUACUCCACAACUGAGGGGCAGAGAAAAAUACAUUCCUCCUGGGAAGAAUUUUUAUACUAAUCCAGGAAAAAAAGGGACUGGAUAUGGUUAUCCGAACCUUACCAUAGGUGAACAAUAUCCUCAUGCAGCUGAUGGGUAUGAAGUAGAAAGAAUAAAUGCAAAGAAAGCGCGAGAGGAACAUAUACGGUUGCUUAAAGGAGGGCCUUUCAAGUUAAAUCUAUAUCCCCAGGCGUAUUUUGAUGAGAAUCCCUAUUUUAGUGACAAACCUUUGCCACCUUUGAAGAAACCACUUCCAGAGAAGCUAAUUGCAGCACCUUUCAUACCACCUUCUCCUGCUAAAAAGCCAGGAGGCAUGAAAGGAGGCACAUUUGAUCCUUACCCAAUUCAUUCCACUGAACCUUAUGUAACUAAAAAAACUCAGCCUUUCAGAAGUAGUACAGAACGAAAAAUUUUUCAUCCUUCUCCUGGCCCAAAAAGCAGACCUGUUACAAGCGUAAUAGCUUUGAAUGUCACAAGAUCAUUAAAUUCAAACAACUACAAGAAUCCACAGCUGACAUUUUAUUAAAUACAAAAGGUAAAGGGUACAUUUUUUAGACUGUGAGCUGUCAACAAAGGAAAUAAAAACAUGCAAAGUGGCAUUCAAGUA